AUGAUGGCUUCCCUAGAAAUCAACCAACCCAUCGAACAGGCUGGCUUUCGACGCAACUUUUCCACUUUAGAUCACAUUCACGUCAUUAACCAAUUGGUAGAGAAAAGCCUUGAGUACAAUUUUCCGCUGUACAUAGCUUUCGUUGACUACUCGAAAGCGUUUGAUUCUGUGGAACAUAACAUGAUAUGGACGUCACUACAUCGACAAGGAGUUCAUCCAAAGAUAAUUCGUCUUCUUUCGAACAUCUACACAUCUGCUUCUGUAACAUUUGAAAUAUGUGGUAAUCAAGUUCCUAUCAACGCUAGACGAGGUGUUCGACAGGGAGACCCAAUCUCUCCUCCUCUUCACUGCCGUUUUGGAAACCGUCUUCCGUAG